CGGUCAUAAACCGGCAUCUCACAGUGAUUACCUAGAGUAAUCAACUUGCAGAAAUUCUCAACCCAUCACCCAAGCCAUGUCAUCCGAUUCGGGGUUUAUUCCGCUAGGACAAAUGCCGCAACAGGCUGGUGUUCGUACCCAGAAAGAUGACUGGACUGGUGUUGUCGAUCGAAGGGAACGGAGGAGGCUGCAGAAUAGGCUAAAUCAGCGAGCAUACCGUCUACGACGUCAACUUAAUCAAUCUACGAAAAUCACGGACACGGCUACACAACAAGCCUCAUCUCCCAGUUCAAAGUUUCAGGGUGGAUUCAAGUGCUCUAUCGGCCCGCCUGAAAGGCUGCAGCUUAUGGCCCAUUUCGAGAUUGCGGCGUCCAACAGCUAUAGAGAAAGUUCGCCAAACCUUGACCAUCUCCUUUCACUACCUAAGAUCAAUGUUCAACGUGCUAUCAUCGACAAUAUUCAUUCAAUGGGAAUGACGAUGCAAUGGACAGCGGAAGAUGAUGCAGUCUCCAUUUUCAAUGUCCAAAAUCCAAGCUUUGCAGAUCUCCGUAUUCCCCUCGACCUACGGCCGACUGAAGUCCAGAGGCGAGUUCCUCAUCAUCCCUGGUUGGACUUUUUUCCAUCUCCAACAUUGAGAGACAAUCUCAUUACGCUACAGGAUGAAAUUGACGACGAAGAUCUGUGCCACGAUCUUAUGGCGUUUUGGGAUACCCGCAACACGAGUCCAGGAUUACUUGUCUGGGGCCCAUCGUGGCAAACAAGUAGCUGGGAAGUGACAGAGUCGUUUUUGAUGAAAUGGGGGUUUUUACUAUAUGGAUGUACUGCAUUAUUGAAGAGUACUAAUUUUUGGAGGGUUCAAAGGGGCGAGAAACCGCUGAUCUGGAAGGAUUAUUUCGCACCACAACACACUUUCGUUCAGCAUUUGAAGAAAAAAAGAGAAAUAUGUACAUACAACACUCAGAUAUAG